CUGCUGUAGCAGCUUCAGAGGAGCUCAGAGAAAACACCAAACCUCAUUCAAAACGCCUCUUUUAAUGUCAGCGCCGCGAUUAAAAAGCUGCGCCUGCCUUUGUUCGUCAAAGCGGAGCUCCGGACUUCCAGACUGGGGCCGCCCGUCUUUUUGGAGGAGGUCCUACUAGCUCUGGCGUCCACGCUGUGACUGCCUGGUCACUGGAGGGGCCCCUCACACCAAGGGCCCAGACUGCAGCUCCGGGACCCCUCCUGCCAGCUGCCUGUGUGUGUGUGAGAGAGUGUGUGUGUGUGUGUGUGUGAGAGAGAGGGAACGGAGCGAGCAGGCUUGUGUUGAGUCCUCUGGAGACUCCCGGCUCAGUCCAGGGAAGAUGUCCUCCAUCCUGCCGUUCACCCCUCCCGUGGUGAAGAGGCUGCUGGGCUGGAGGAAGUCGAGCAGCGGGCCGGGCGGCGCCGGCGGCGGCGAGCAGAACGGACAGGAGGAGAAGUGGUGGGAGAAGGCUGUGAAGAGCCUGGUGAAGAAGCUGAAGAAGACGGGCCAGCUGGACGAGCUGGAGAAAGCCAUCACCACACAGAACUGCAACACCAAGUGUGUCACCAUCCCCAGUAAUUGCUCUGAAAUAUGGGGACUGAGUUCACCGAACACGAUAGAGCAGUGGGACACGUCAGGCCUGUACAGCUACCCCGACCAAACCAGAUCCCUGGACGGCCGCCUGCAGGUGUCCCACAAGAAGGGGCUCCCCCACGUUAUCUACUGCCGCCUGUGGCGAUGGCCGGACCUGCACAGCCACCACGAGCUGCGCGCCAUCGAGGCCUGCGAGUACGCCUUCCACCUGAAGAAGGACGAGGUCUGCAUCAACCCCUACCACUACCAGAGGGUGGAGACCCCAGUGCUGCCGCCUGUCCUCGUGCCAAGACACUCAGAAAUCCUGCCAGAGCUGCCGCCUCUGGACGACUACACUCAUUCCAUACCGGAGAACACAAACUUCCCCGCGGGAAUCGAACCUCCCAACAACUAUAUACCAGAAACGCCUCCGCCGGGCUACAUCAGCGAGGACGGAGAGGCCAGCGAUCAGCAGAUGAAUCAAAGUAUGGACACAGGUUCUCCAGCAGAGCUGUCCCCUAGCACUCUGUCUCCGGUCAAUCACAGCAUGGACCUGCAGCCGGUGACCUACUCGGAGCCGGCGUUCUGGUGCUCCAUAGCGUACUACGAGCUGAACCAGCGCGUCGGGGAGACGUUUCACGCCUCGCAGCCGUCGCUGACGGUGGACGGAUUCACAGACCCGUCCAACUCCGAGCGCUUCUGCCUGGGCCUGCUGUCCAACGUUAACAGGAACGCCACCGUGGAGAUGACCCGGAGGCACAUAGGAAGAGGAGUUCGGCUCUACUACAUCGGAGGCGAGGUGUUUGCAGAGUGCCUGAGUGACAGCGCCAUCUUUGUCCAGAGUCCAAACUGCAACCAGCGGUACGGCUGGCAUCCAGCGACCGUGUGUAAAAUUCCUCCAGGCUGUAAUCUAAAAAUCUUCAACAACCAGGAGUUUGCAGCCCUGCUGGCUCAGUCGGUCAACCAGGGCUUCGAGGCCGUGUACCAGCUCACCCGGAUGUGCACGAUCCGCAUGAGCUUCGUCAAAGGCUGGGGCGCCGAGUACAGGCGGCAGACGGUCACGAGCACUCCCUGCUGGAUCGAGCUGCACCUGAACGGCCCGCUGCAGUGGCUGGACAAGGUCCUGACCCAGAUGGGUUCCCCGUCUGCACGCUGCUCCAGUAUGUCCUAAACCGCGACGGAAGCGCCCCCUCGGAGUCUACAACAACAAAAACACACAAACAGCCCAUCACAAAGAUCAUACCAACCUCAAGUUGUGAGUCCGCUCAUGAAAUUAAAGGAAGAAGAAAAAAAAAAAAAAACCUCACAAAACAAAUUUUCUGUAACAAACCUCAUUGUAUUUGUAGCUCAGUUCCACAUCCCUGUUUUAUCUGCACACACACAGACACACACACACACACGCAGACUUCUUAGUAAAAACAACAAAAAGAAAAUUGGCACUUUGUUACCCAUGUUUGUCAUGCACCUUGUUAAAUUGCUUCUCCCCAAAUCCUUAAUAUUAGAUCUAUUUGUGGUACAAAUAAAAUGUAUAUUGGUUUCUAGUCCAGGAAGUAGGGGAAAUACCAAAAAUAUCUGUGAAUAGUUUCUCAGUAUUGAAGAUUGCUUGUAUGAGUAACGCGAGCUUGAAUGCGAAAGUGGUUUCUGCCCCAACCCCGCCCCCCCGAAACCAUUGUUCUCUAUCGGAGUUUACUUUUCUCUGGGAAACUUUUAGUCUUGGGGGAGGCGGCGAAGAAAACGAUGGCCUUGGUGGCCGUUCUUCUCUGAAGGAGGCGCCACAGUGUGUUUGGGGGAAAAAAAAAAAAGUUAAUUAGAAACACCUUUGCCAGAACGGCCUCCCCUUUUUUUAAUUUUAUUUUUUCUCUCGAUGUGUGUCGUUGUAAGACAUGCGUCUUAAAAGGACGAAUAGGAAUGUUAGUGAAAAGAAAAAGAAGAAAACAAAUAUCUCAGAACACCCUCAACUCUAAAGCCCAGUCCGGUUUCUCGUUGUGUUUUCCUUCCGUUUGGCUGCCGUGCGGCGCCGCGUGUGCCGACGGUUCGAUCCCCGCCGGGCCGGGACCAGAGCGCAUCAGAAAGCCUUUGGGGGUCCGCGGUGCUCCCAGGCGAGGGAGGAUCUGAAGGUCUCAUCCUGUUCUCAGCCUCUGUCCCCAUUGUUUUGCUACUUUUUUGUAUUCUCAUGUAUUUUUAUAUAUAAAUCUACUUAAAGACUUUCUGUCGUUCACUUUUUAUUAAAGUAAUAUUUUCAAGACCACGGUUGUUUUUAAAGUGAAGGGCGCCGACCAUUCCUCCGUUUUUACCCGGUUAAUUUACAACAACAACACAAACAAACUAACUAACAAGAAAAGUCACUGCCCCGCACAAGCUUUGUGUUUUCCAAAGAAAUGUGGUGCUUUUGAAGUACGCAAACCAACAGAUUUCCUCCAAGACUCUACUCCUCCUGUUUAACAAUUGUAAUGAUUCCAGAGGCUUGUGAAACUUUGUAAUGGCCAUUCAUUCAUUCAUCCGUUCAUUCAUUUCUUCACCCGUUCACCCUUUUCUCUUUUUAAGAAAAAAAAACACACGUGACCUCUUGUAGCCUUUUGGUGCUCAGUCAAGCGGGUUUUAAGGUCAACUUGUUGAAUAAAUUGGCGUUCUCAAUGUUACAGACAGGGGAGGAGAGCGGAUGUGCCUGCCAACGGGGACAUUCUGUGUUGAUGUGUGUUAUCGUAUCUGUUCCGUCUAUAAAAUACAGUGUGUACAACAAAACUUAAAGGCUUAAACUCAUUAUGUGGCUGUUGCGAGUUUGACAUGUCCCUCCCUGUCUCUCUCUUUCUCUCUCUCUCUCUCUCUCUCUCUCUCUCUCUCUCUCUCUCUCUCUCUCUCUCGCUCUCCUUCCUUUCUUUAUGAUGUAAACGUGUUUACCAUGCGGCACUAGUGAUUGUACUCUAAGUGCACCUAGUGAAGUUUGGAUUUGGGGAGCUGAACCAUGUGUUAGGGUCCAGUGUUACAUUGUUUUUAUCUUUGGCCUACAACAUAUGAAUGUGAAGAGAAAAAAAAAACAAAAUAAAACACAUGACAGAACUGACGUGGACCAGACAUGCAUAUACAUAACAGUAGUACAGUAUGUGUGUAUUUAACAGUAAUCUUUUUGCAAAGCAGUCAGUACAGUAGAUGUCGCAGUUGUUUUACCAGUAGAGGGCGGUAUUGAUAGAGCAGUUCCUUUUUAUUUUAUUAUUUUAUUUUUUUUCAUUUGUUUUUCUGACCAUAAGCUUCUCAGGCGUGUGGCAUAUUAUGCAGACUUCAUAAAACACUAAUAAAGAUUUUUAUUCUCA